AUGGCACGUAAAAGGCAUAUUGCACUCGCCUUCAUUUUUCUCAUUGUCCUCAACGUUGGCCUCGCCUCUGCCGUCCGGUCCUUGAAGGGCGUUGGCGGUGGAGGGGGCGGAAGUGGUGGUGGAUCCGGAUUCGGAUUCGGUGGCGGAUCGGGUCCAGGUGGUGGUUUCGGUAGUGGUGGAGGUUCUGGCGGAGGGUGUGUAGUGGCGGUGUCGGAGGGCGAAAAUGGUAAUAGGAUCAGGGAAUAUGGUGGCGGGUCGGGUUCGGUGUGGUGGAGCUGGUGUGUUCUCGGUGGAGGACAUGGUGGUGUGGGUGGUUCCGGCGGAGAGUGGAACUGCAGUGGACUCGCGCGCUUGGUAGUGGAGGAGGUUCAGUGGUGGUUUGGCGGAGGGUGGUGA